CUCUGGAUCUUGGUCAGAACCAGGACUACAGCAAGUACUCUACAGGAAGUACUCAGAGUCUCAUCCAUUAACCAUCAAAGCUCCUGUAGCUCCAAGAUCUUGUCAGGAUGAGGUGCUUGGUCCUCGUAUUCUGUUGCUUUCUGAGCUGUGAUGGGUUUCUCUUUCAACGACGACGUCCAGAACCAACGUCUGCCCCUCGUCAAAAUCAGAUGCAAAAGCACAAAGCCAAACCAACAACGGCCCAGUGCAAAAUGAUGCCACUGGACUUCGUCUUUGUGAUUGACAGCUCCCGCAGCAUCCGCCCCAGCGACUAUGAGAAAGUCAAAACUUUCAUCAUCAACCUGCUGCAGUUUUUAGACGUGGGCCAAGAUGCAACUCGAGUUGGCUUACUACAGUAUGGCAGCGUGGUCCAGAACGAGUUUAGUCUGAACACGUACCGCACCAAGAAAGAGGUGGAACGAGCCGUCAAGAAUAUGGUGCAUCUGGCCACUGGCACCAUGACUGGGUUGGCACUGCAGUAUACAAUGGACACGGCUUUUAAAGAGGAGGAGGGAGCACGCCCAGAGGAGUUGUUGAUCCCACGAAUCGCGAUGGUAGUGACGGAUGGCAGACCACAAGAUGAGGUGGAGGAGGUUGCUGCACAGGCACGGCAGGCUGGUAUACAGAUCUUUGCCAUUGGAGUGGGCCGAGUGGAUAUGAACACACUGAAGGCCAUUGGGAGCGAGCCACAUUCAGAGCAUGUGCAUCUUGUGGCCAACUUCAGUCAAAUGGAAACUCUGAUCUCUGUGUUCCAGUCCAAACUGUGUGGAGAGAGAGACAUGUGUGAGGUGGUGGACCAUCGGUGCCAGCAUAUCUGUGUGAGCAGCCCAGCCUCAUACCGCUGCAAGUGCAGAACCGGGUACAUCCUCAACCCAGAUGGCAAAACAUGCAGAGCUGAAGAUAUUUGUGCUGAGGUGGAGCAUGGAUGCCAACACAUUUGUGCCAACAUCCCUAAUGGCUAUGAAUGUCGCUGUCGUCCAGGCUACCAGCUUACCAUCGACAACAAGACCUGCAACCAAAUAGACUACUGUGACUUGGGUCUCCAUAACUGUGAGCAGGACUGUAUCAGCAUCCCAGAGUCCUACAUCUGCAGGUGUGGGAAGGGCUAUGUGCUCAAUCCAGACAAACACACCUGCAAAAAGAUUGACCACUGUGCUGAUGGGAAGCAUGGAUGUGAACAGGAGUUUGAAAGCACAGAAAAAGCCUGUGUUUGCAAAUGCAGAAAAGGAUAUAAACUCCGCCCUAAUGGAAAAACAUGCCAAAAGAUUGAUCACUGUGCUGGUGGAACCUAUGGAUGUGAGCAAGAGUUUGAAAACACAGAAAACUCCUGUGUUUGUAAAUGUAAGAAAGGGUACAAACUCAGAGCAGAUGGAAAAACAUGUCAAAGUCUGGACCUGUGUCAGACGGUGGACCAUGGCUGUGAGCAUCUGUGCGUCAGCACUAAUGGCUCAUAUGUUUGUAAAUGUUUUGAAGGGUUUACACUGGCAGAGGACCAAAAGAGCUGCAAAAAGCCAGAUUGCAACAGUGGUGUCAUAGACGUUGUAUUUAUCAUUGAUGGUUCUAAAAGUCUGGGUCCUGCCAACUUUGAACUGGUGAAGCAGUUUGUAAACACCAUUGUUGAUGCUUUCGAUGUUUCCAGGAAAGGGACUCAUGUGGGUCUAAUCCAGUACUCCACUAAAGUCCGAACUGAGUUCACCUUAGACCAGUUCAGCUCGGCCCGGGACGUCAAACAGGCAGUGUCCCAAGUACAGUACAUGGGGAGGGGGUCAUUAACAGGAUCAGCUUUAAGACACAUGUUUCAGACCAGUUUUUCACCAAAAGAGGGCGCUAGAGCCAAUGUUCAGCGUGUGAGUAUUGUUUUUACAGAUGGGAGGUCUCAGGAUGAUGUGUCAGAGUGGGCUGCCAAAGCAAAAGAAUCCGGGAUUACCAUAUAUGCUCUAGGCAUUGGUAAAGCUGUUGAACAGGAACUGAGAGAGAUUGCCUCAGAGCCAAUUGAAAAACAUCUGUUUUACACCGAAGGCUUUGAAAAAAUGGGAGAAAUCACAGACAAACUCAAGGACAUUCUCCAAAUAUGCAAAGUGGAUGAGAGCAUGUGUGAAUGUGAAAACAUCAUCCUGUUUCAGACUGAUGCCAAUGAGAAAUUCAAAAUGAUGAUGAAGAACAUUGAAGCAUUAACAAGGAAGGUGCAACUGUUGGAAAAUCAAGUCACCCACAAAUAGAAUUGUAUGACUGGGGAAAUGACCAUCAAGUCCAUUAACCAGAGCAAAACUUCAACAUUGGCAAACACAAACCAUUGUA